CGUGCGCGGGCUAAUUUCGCAUUCGAGAUUUCGAGAAUAAAAUGCACCAGUCGGUGGGCCACAAAAAGAAGCCAAGGAUCCGGAAUCGGGCCAGGAACAAGUGCAACCAGGCACAGGCUGACCAGGACGAUACUCCACUGACAGUACCCGUGAAAAAUAACCCAUCGGAGGAGGAUAAUCCACCCGAGAGUGAUACCAUCAAACUCAUUCAGCAACUGUUGCGUCGCAAAUUGUUGGCCAAAAAUAAGGCCACCGCGAAUCCUUCAAUUGGUAAACCAGAAGCCCCCAGGGAGCUGAAAACCGAGGAGAAGAAACCGCCCAUCAACACUGCCGAGCUAGUCAAAAUAUUACCCUUAAUUGCUAACCAGUCCAAGGAAGCCAGACCCCUUGAAAAAAAGCCCAAGGCUCAGACUGCACCACCACAACCGGCUCCAGAAGCACCCAAAAUCCCACUGCCCACCACGAAGGCCUCAAGGGACGUUAAGGCCGACGAAGUGGAUGAGCUUCUAAAGUGUUUGGGGAGUAAAUUGCAAAAAGGUCCAGGGGAGUCCCCCACCGCCGCUCUAUUCAGUAAUCUCGGCAAGCUCUUUAGCCAGGCUCCACCUAGCGAUGUGGAGUCCUCCGAUGAUGAGGCCGAGUACAUCGAGUACAUCUAUAAACCGAGGCAAUACUUUAUGGCCUCAUUGUGCAAUUUUUGCAAAGGAGAUCUCUGCGGCCAAAAUCCACUGCCGUGCACCCGUUGUGGACUGAGCUACUACUGCUGUAGUGGCCAUAUGAGUGGCGACCAGGAGCACCGCCAGCUGUGCUAUGCCCUCCGCCAAACGGUCACCCACAAUGGUCACGACAUGUUCUACAAGUGCGGCGACUUCAGUGCCGAGCAGUUCCGCUCCUACCGGAUCGUCUGCAUCCGCCAGGUGGAGAAGGAGAUGAAUCGCCAGCUCACGGCCACGGAACAAGAACUACUCCUCUUCCCCCUGCUCUGUUCUCAGGCCAAGUGCCGGGAACAUCGCUUGAAGCGCCUGUCCACCUGUGGCGGGUGUGGAGAGGUGGCCUUCUGCAAGGACAAGCCCGAUCAUCUCAGUCCGGAUCACUCCAAGUGGUGCCACGCCUAUCGCUUGUUUAAGGCGUGUGUCAUGUUCCAGGCGAAAUUUGGAAGGUUGGAACCAUCGCUGCCCAACAAAGUACUGCGGGAACUUCCCAUGGCCUGCUCCAACACUGGGCACAUGAUGAAGAAACUUAAUUUCAAUGUCACUGAUGAGUGCGAAUACGCCGCCCUUACUCAGGUGUCCACAGGACCUUUAACAGCCUGGUUCGCCCUGAAACUCUGCGAACGUCUAAGGAGCUGCGAGGAGCUAACGAUUCAUUUGAUUGGAGCGGAAAUCGAAUUCGAAGUGGAUGUCCUGCAAAAGUGGGAGCUGUUCUUGCUUCACAUAACCCCAGUGGUAAAGACCCUGAAUGUGGUGUUUAUUGGACCUGAAUUAAACCCCAAUAAUAUAUCAUUUGAUCAGCUAAAGAAGAUAAAGUGCUGCCGCUUAUGCAGAAAGUUCCAAAGGACGGUUAAUUAUUUCUUUGAAAAUAGCCUUUAUCAUGAUUAUUGUAAGGAAACGCAUUUUCUUAAGCCAAGUUUGGUAUGCUUUUUCAACUCGGGUCUCUACCGAUCGACUGGAUAUGCACUGGAGGACACUUGGCCGGAUACCAUUCAGGCUUCUCUGAAUCUCGGAUGCCCCAUUGUGGUCACUUCCUAUACGAAGUAUGAGGCUCCUUUGGACAUGGUGCAUUUCAUUAAUCAAUCUAAUCGCCAUAUAAAUGUCGUCCUGCCGCCGACCAUUAAUCCUUUUUCAUCCGAGAAGCCGGAACGCAACUUUAUAUCCGACGAUGAAGCUCCGUUUAUGUUUAAAAAUUUUUAUUGUUUUGUUGUUGAAUAA